GCCCACAGCCAGUUAUCUAUCAGUAGAGAUGCUGUCGGCUUGGUCAUGCCUGGUGUUUGCCGCCCUUGCGCGUACCGACGAACCGCCCUCUGUAGUCAUCGGUCAAGGCCUUCUAAAGGGCACGUAUUUACAAAGCAGGGGUGGCCGCGUGUUCAGUGCCUUCCAGGGUAUACCUUACGCUGAGCCGCCGGUGGGAUUGUUACGAUUCCAGAGACCUCAGAGCCCAAAACCAUGGGAAGGUGUGUUGGAUGCCACCAAGCCAGGCAGUCCCUGCCUACAGCCGCUACACAUGGUACAUCUCAAAGGACAAAUCAUUGGAGACGAGAACUGCCUCUUUCUCAACGUUUACACUCACAAGCCUUCUAACACCUCAAGAUCCCCAGUGCUGGUUUACAUCCAUGGAGGAGGAUUUAUAGAAGGUCGAGGGGACAUGCACCAACCACAUUUUCUCAUGGAUAAAGACAUUGUUCUGGUCACUCUGAACUACCGCCUUGGACCUUUGGGCUUUCUCUCUCUGGAGGAGCGAGAGCUUCCUGGCAACAACGGUUUGAAGGACCAAUCCCUGGCUCUGAGAUGGGUUAGAGACAACAUCGCUCAGUUCGGUGGAGAUCCAAACACCGUGACCAUCAUGGGGAACAGUGCAGGGGGUGCCAGUGUACACUAUCACACCCUGUCUCCCUUGAGCAAAGGAUUAUUUCAUAGAGCUAUCACGCAGAGUGGGACAGCGUAUUGUCCUUGGGCGAUAAGUGCUCCGGGCCAGCAGCAGCUAAUCGGGGAGAGAUUUGCAGCAGAUUUCAGCUGCAACCACCACAAUGUCGCCGACACUCUAGAGUGUCUACGAGACAUGCCCGGCUACGUACUGAUCGAGGUGGCGCAGACCAUGCAUGAAUGGGACUUUGACCCGAUUGUUCCGUUCACACCUGUCAUAGAGCCUGAGGGAGUGGAGGGGGCUUUCCUCACCACCGACCCGUGGAAGCUCUCUUCAGACGUUCCGCUGAUUGCUGGUCUUAUGUCAUCCGAGGCCAUUUUUAGGGUUAAAAUGUUUAACGAGCAGAAGAUCAUAGAGUUGAAUGAUGACUUUGAGGUGAUAGGACCUCUAACACUAUUGUUUCGAGCAACGGCUGAUGAUCCCGUCCACACUGCCUUCGCAGUCAAGAAGUUCUACUUUCUAGACGGUGAUAUCACCCCAACCAGUGAGGAGGGGCUGCUUCAAAUGUACUCAGACGCAUGGUUCAAUUACGCCGUCCUGGAGUCUUUUAGAAGACAUCAAGGGCCCAAAUAUUUAUACCACUUUGCCUACAGAGGAGCUAACUCUAUAGUUCCGGGUCAUUCUGGUGUUAGUCACUUUGAUGAGAUGCAGUAUUUGUUCAAGUUGGACGACUAUUUCACUAAAGGCUAUGGCAGCUACAACGAGACGGCUGAAGACACAAAGUUCUCGGAGAAAAUUAUUGAUCUGUGGACUAAUUUUGUCAUCCACGGGAAACCAACAAAGCCAACUUCAGAAGUUACUUGGGACGAAUCUAAAUCCGGUAGUGAAUACCUGCACAUCAAACAAGAUGGAUUUUCGAUGAAGAAGGAUCUGUACAAGGACAGAUACGAUUUUUGGCAUAAAUUGUCUUUCAGGGAGAAAUAUUUGAGUGAGAAAUCAGAAAAGGAUGAACUGUAAAAUGUUUUCCUGUGAAUGAAAAUAAAUUUGAUAUGUAAAUAUUACUUUAAAACUACCUUGAACAAAUAUAGCAAUUUUAUAGUAAAA